AUAAAUAACAAAGAUGAAGUAAGAUUUGUAACAAAAAAAGAUCAUGAAUCACCAAGUAAAAUAAUUCUUCCUGAGCCAGAACCAAGGCCAGGUCUAAUACUUCCAAAUGGUGAAAUAAAUUGGAGUUGCCCAUGUCUUGGAGGUCUACCAACUGGACCAUGUGGUCUUGAAUAUCGUGAAUCAGCUUCAUGUUUUUUUAAUUCAACACCUGAAACAAAAGAUUCUGAGUGUUCUGAAAAACUUGCAUUAAUGCUAUCAUGCAUGUCGAAAUAUCCAACAUUAUAUGGUAAAGUACAUGAUGAUGAUGAUGAGCAAAAAGAACAUCAACAUGAAGAUAAAAAAAUCAAUGAACAUAAAAAUGAUAAAACAACUGACAAUGACGAAACAACUGGCAAUGAUGAACCAAUUCAACCUAUCUAGAAUUAUCAACUGUUAAUUUAAUAUACUCAAUUGUUAUUAUCAUUUGUUUAUUUAAUUUUUCU